AUGGUUUCUACAUGCUAUAAAAUAAUUAACAGCAGCUUAUGUUUUUUAUCAAGCUCCAAUAGUUCUACUAUCAAAUUGAUUUAAAUUUACUUACAAGUAAUUAGCAAGGGUAUCUCUAGAAACUCUCUUUUGGAACUAGUUAAUAAUGGCUCGCUUUAUUAUUGCUACUGUACUAGCGGUUCUGCACCACAUAAAUUUAUAUUAGGAGACUCAUUUCAAAAACUAUAAGAUUCUAAAGAUAUAAUUAAUGCUACAACUUACUUUAUGUACCAAACAUAUUUGGUGAUUGAUAAUAAUUAUAUUGUCUACAAAAAUUCUGUUUAUACUAACAUUAAACCUCCAGUCAAAUCUUUACUAACUUUAUUUUUAUUUAAUCAAAAAUUUGACUUAUUUCUGAUAGAUAAUAAGUUUUGCAAGGCAAUUUUGAGCUAGGAUACAUUUGAAUGUACAAAAUUAUUAGAUUUAGGUAUAAAUAGUACAAAUUAAGCUAUUAUUUCUUAGGUUUUUGAUACAGAUGGAAUAAGUUUAAUUUUUACCUAUGACUAUAACAAAAAUUAAUUUGUAUUUUUCGAUGCAUCAACAUUAAACACAAUUCCAGCAAUAGGAGAUAAAUUAUUAAAUACCAAUAAUCCUUUGGAUAUUAUCUAAUAUUUAAAUAAUGUAUAUAUCCAAAACAAUUUUUAUAGAGUAACUUAUGAUUCAUAAUCUACAACUGUGAAUGUUAAAUUAAUUACUUCUUCUCUGACUUCUAAUUAUUACUUGCUACCUAACAUUUAAAGACAUUAUUACAAUUUUUAACAAAAAGGUACUAACUUCUAUUUAUUAGAUAUAAAUACUCUUUAUUGCCCAUCUUAGUGUCCUUAUUGCUCAACUUAAGAUCCAAGAUAAUGCUGCCCUUCUAAUUGUAUGAAAUGCUCAGAAAAAUAAAUAUGUUAAACUUGUAUUUCAGGCUACUUCCUUUAACCUGAUAAUACAUGUGAAAAGACUUGUCCUAAUUUCGCUUAAGUUGACAACAAUAAUUAGCAAUGUAUAUGUGAUCCAAAUGCCACAUUUACUUAAAGCAAGUGUAUAUGUCAAAAUAAGUAUUACAUGAAUGUAAAUAAGUGUAUUUAAUGUUAAUCUAAUUGUGAUACUUGUGAAAGUUCUACUUAUUGCUUGAUAUGCUCAUCAGGCUAUUAUUAAUUUCCAGAUGGGUCAUGUAGUUAGUGUGAUAUAUAAAAUGGAUAUUAUAAAUAUUCUUUAAGCGGAGAUAAGUGUGGUAAGUGCUCAUCUAAUUGUUAAAUUUGUUAAGACUCAACUAAAUGCUUACAGUGCUCAAGCGGUUUUUACUUAUUUUCGGAUGGGUCAUGCAAUUAAUGCGAUAUAUAAAAUGGAUUUUACAAAUAUUUUUUAAAUGUAGAUAAGUGUGCUAAAUGCUCAUCGAAUUGUUAAGUUUGUUAAGAUUCAACUAAAUGCUAACAGUGUUCAAAAGGUUUUUAUUUAAUUUAAGAUGGAUCAUGCAAUAUAUGUGAUACAAAAAAUGGGUUUUACAAAUAUACUUUAAAUGGAGAUAAGUGUGGUAAUUGCCCACCUAAUUGCCAAGUUUGUAUAGACUCUACUAAGUGUUCACAAUGCUCAAGUGGUUUUUAUUUAUUUCCUGAUGGAUUAUGCAAUACCUGCGAUAUAUAAAAUGGAUUUUAUAAAUAUUAAUUGAGUGAUGAUAAAUGUGGUUAAUGCUAAUCUAAUUGUAAAUUAUGCUAAAACUCUAAAAGUUGUUAGCAAUGCUAAGUAGGUUAUUAUUUAUUUACUGAUGGUUCAUGCAAUUUAUGUAAUAUAUAAAAUGGAUUUUACAAAUAUUAUUAGGAUGGAGAUAGAUGUGGUUAAUGUUAAUCUAAUUGCUAAAUUUGUGAAAACUCUUCUAAAUGUUUAUAAUGUUUGAAAGAUUAUUACUAAUUUCCAGACGGCUCAUGCAAUUUGUGUGACACUUAAAAUGGGUUUUAUAGAUAUGAAUUGAAUGGAAAUAAAUGUGUUAAAUGCUAAUCUAAUUGUUAAGUUUGCUAAGAUUCUAAUAUUUGUUAGCGAUGCUUAUCAGGUUAUUUUUUAUUUCCUGAUGGAUCAUGUAAUUUAUGUGGAGUUUAAAAUGGAUUUUACAUAGAUAAAAUUAAUGGGUAAAAAUGUGGGAAAUGUUAAUCAAAUUGUUAAAUUUGUUAAGAAGCUACUACUUGUUAGAAGUGCUAAAAUGGUUAUUAUUUAUUUCCAAACGGUUCAUGCGGUUUAUGUGAAAAUAUAAAUGGAUUCUAUAACUAUUAAUUAGAUGGGGAUAGAUGUGGCUAAUGCUCAUCUAAUUGUGAUGUUUGUGAUAGUUCUUCUAAGUGUUAAAAGUGUUCACCUGGUUAUAAGCUAUUUCCAGAUGAAUAAUGCAAUUUGUGCUUAAUUAAUGGAUUUAAAUCAAGUUAAGAAUGUAACUCAUGUGUAAUCAGAUGUUAAGCAGAUGAAGGAAAUAGUAAAGACUAAAUUAGGGUUUGCUAAGAAGGAUUUAUUUUAAUUAACUCUAAAUGUGAAUAGAUUUAUUUAGAAUAUAAAGAUCCUAUUUUGAGCCAAGACUAAAUUAAUUAGAUAAAUUAAUCUUCAAAAACUAGCUCUGAAAUAUCUAGUUAUAGCUCUUAUACUUAAACACUAGUUUCUGGAGUUUUAAAUAUCUAAAGUUUUUCAAUUGUAACUUAAGGAAUUUCUAUUUAAAAACUCAGCUUUCUUAUAUUAGUCGAUAUUAACUUACCUGCUUUAGUUUUCAUCCCAUCAAAGGACUUAAAAAGUUAGUUACCAUCUUAAAAGCUUUCAUUUUUAAAUGUAUUUAAAAGCUAUUUAAAUUAAGAAUAGAUUUAAUAUUAUGAUUCUAAAUUCUAUUCAGCUGAUUUACCAGAUGAAAUAGUAUAUAAUAGUGGCUCAGGAAUAAAAAAAAUAGAACAUUCUAAAUUAUUAAUAGAGAAAAAAUUCAGAAUGAAACAAUUUAUGAAUGUAGAUAUAGAAGAAACUAUCUAUUGA